UGGAAACGACUUGGUUCAGAUCUGUUGUCCGCUAAAAUGUUGAAUUGGAUUAAUGUUCGUCACUUUUACUUUGGCGGUAAAAGUCCAGUUGGAGUAGUGUCAAAUGUAUUCGGAUUAGCACCACUGAUACCGGGUGUGAUGACACCCUCAAUUAGAGUGGUCAAUUCAUUGUAUCCAAUUCUGUGGUUCAUUUUGUACUUGGUGUGCUUUUACUACUAUCACAUAACCGACAUAGAUCCGUCGGCCAACUUUCCGAGAAUUUGUUCGAUUGGUCUUACAAUUCGUUACGUGCUAGGAAUUUGCUUGGGAGCAGUCACAUAUGUACUAUUCAUAGUUAAGACAGCCACUUUUAACGAAUUUAAGACACGAUUUAAUAAUCUUGAUGCAAAAUUGUACGACAUAUCCGGUUUUAAGACGAAUUUCGUUGUAAUUUCAAAUCGUUUUCAAGUCACACUUAUCAUUUGUGGACUGGUCUUAUUUGUUACGACGAGCGUGGUCGACACGUUGAUAACUGUGACUCUGUAUCACGGAGUAAUGAUAUUUGCAGCGGCCGUUGUCAAUAUUUUUCCAUAUUUGAUAUCAGGAAUAAUUCAAGCGCAGUUCGUUUCGUGGAUAUACCUUGUUAAUCUGAGAUUUUUGGCGUUAAAUAAAGCUUUGAAUCACAUUGCAACGAUCAACGAAUCAACGUCGAAAGCGGUUAAAAUGUAUAAAGCAUUCGACGAUGAAAUUGAGAAUGAAGAUGAAAAAUCUGAAACUCCAUUACUUUUCAUCAUCGGCGAUAAACUACAAGGAGAAGAGGAAAAUGCUUUAGAUGACUACAAUGUAAAGAAGCCGUCGGCUGCUUGGCAGGAUAACAAAGCGAAAAAGAGAACGAAAACGCCAACUAAUACCAAUAAGGUGGCUCCAUCUUCCGCCACAGCAUAUCAAGGACUGCCGAAAGAUAUGCAUAAGAAUAUGGACAGUCUAUUCGCGCUUCAUGAUUCGUUGUUGGAUAUUUCGGAAGAUAUAAAUGAUGUCUAUGCUAUCCAAAUUGUUACAUUCAUAACGGUGUCAUUUGUAACGAUCCUGUUCGGUUUCUUCUUCGAAACAAAGGUUAUCUUCUGGUUGUGGGGUAAAAAUACACAGCUAAUUCUAAUUGCCUCGUCAUACUUGAUUUGGAGUGUAAUGACCGCGCUGAUAAUUUACACCAUUCUGACUAUAUGUACUAAGGCCAGAGAAGCGGCAUAUGAAUCAGCAUUAAUUGUUCAUAAGAUUUUGCAGAAUAAGCCCGUCUUUAUGUUGAACGAUGAAAUUUAUUACAACAAAAUGAAAUCCUUCACCUUGCAGAUUUUACACAGGAAGAACACAUUCAAUUUUAACGGUUUGGGGCUGUUCCAAUUGGAUUAUACGUUUAUCUUUUCAGCUGUCUCAGCUGCAACAUCGUAUUUGAUUGUCUUGCUGCAAUUCGAUUUAACGGCAGAUUUGAAUUAGAUCUUUUCGUAUCUACUGAUUAGAUGUUGUCAAACUUUACACUUUUUAUAGCAGUUUGUUUUCUUGUGAAUAACCAUUUGCUAUAAUAAAUAGAAAUUGAAAAAGAAUUAGUC